UAUAUAUAUAUGGGGAUUACAGAGACGUUACUCUUCGCAGUACUUUAGUUGCACGUUCGACAGAACCACAUACCGCAAAACACUGCUUCGUUUCAACCAGAAUCUCACGUUAAUCUAUUAACAACAUGAGAAACUAUUUAUUGGUCACGGUUAUUACUGCUCUAAUAGCAGUGAUCAAUGGCGCUGUUGAGGGGACCGAACAACUAUCAAAAUUGACUUCAACAGCCGCGGGGAAACCAGUCUCCGAUGGUAAAGAUCUAGAAGGAGCUGCAAGUGAUCGAACAUUCUUCAUUGGUAGAGAGUAUGGCUAUGGUAGUGGAGGCUAUGGCGGAAAUUAUCCCGUUAUCGGAGGAAACUCUCUGUAUGGCCCAACUGGCAAUGGUUACUACAACCAUGGCAAUGGUGCAAACAGCAUAUAUCGAGGUUAUCAAAGUGGUAGCGGCUAUGGUGGGAUCCUCGGUGGUGGUCAUACUGGGUGGGGUUAUUACGGAAAUGGAGGUUACGGUGGCUCCGUAGGUGUAGGUUAUGGGGGUUAUGAGGAUGGUUACGCGGGACUCGGUGGUCGAGGAUACAAUCGCUGGAACAGCCUUGAUGGUUACGGGGGAUAUGGCGGGUACGUUGGAACCGGUUAUGGCGGAAUCUCGGGUAGUGGAUACGGAGGUUACGGAGCUUCAGGUUAUGGGGCUUCAUCCUAUCCGUAUGGCUAUCGUGGAAGUACAUAUGGUUCCUCGAGCGGUUACCCAGGCUAUCCAUCGGGUUACCGGGGCUAUUCUUAAAUCCGAAUUGCUGCAAUCUGCAAUGUCAUAUUUUUACUGUCAGUUGAGUAUUUGACGAAUGCUUGAUAGUUUUGAACACUAAUACUUUCAAGCAUAUUUACUAUAACGUUUUUUAAAAAGAAUAAAUAAAUAUGUGAAUUUGA